AUUCAUCUCAAUGUUCCGUUUCAUCUUCGGUUGUCGGAUUCUGGGAGAACAGCCAUUUUUCGUCUCCCAAUUGUAACACUUGAAUCGCAUCCACGAUAGCGCCGCUGUUUCAUUGAUUCCGAGGGGAUGACCAGCCAUUACCGGCACAUUUAAGCUCCUUUCUGCCCGGCCUCGAGAGUGACAUCCCGGUGUGCGUGAAUCCAGGCAAUGUCCGCUAUGGUGUAUCCACGCGAAGAACCCCCGGAGCGACUGAGCCAGGAUGAGAUCGUCCUCAACACCAAGGCCGUGGUGCAGGGCCUGGAGACGCUGCGCGGCGAACACGCCCAGCUCCUCAACUCGCUGCUGGACUGCACCCAGCCCCCCGCCGCCCACGAGAAGUCCGGCCUGCUCCGCAAGAGCAUGGAGGCCAUCGAGCUGGGCCUGGGGGAGGCGCAGGUGAUCAUCGCUCUGUCGAGCCACCUGAGCGCCGUGGAGUCGGAGAAGCAGAAGCUGCGCGCCCAGGUGCGGCGCCUGUGCCAGGAGAACCAGUGGCUGCGGGACGAGCUGGCCGGGACGCAGCACAAGCUGCAGCGCAGCGAGCAGAGCGUCGCCCAGCUGGAGGAGGAGAAGAAGCACCUGGAGUUCAUGAACCAGAUCAAGAAGUUCGACGACGACGUCUCGCCCUCGGAGGAGAAGAGCCAGAGCUCCUCCUCCGGCGGGGGGGGGGGAGACACUUCAAAGGACAGCCUGGAUGACCUGUUCCCCAACGACGAUGACCAGGGACCAGCUCAGCCCAGCGGGGAGGCGGCCGCCCAGCAGGGGGGCUACGAGAUCCCGGCUCGCCUGAGGACGCUCCACAACCUGGUGAUCCAGUACGCCUCGCAGGGCAGGUACGAGGUGGCCGUGCCGCUGUGCAAACAGGCCCUGGAGGACCUGGAGAAGACGUCCGGACACGACCACCCCGACGUGGCCACCAUGCUCAACAUCCUGGCCCUGGUGUACAGGGAUCAGAACAAGUACAAAGAGGCGGCUCACCUCCUGAAUGACGCGCUGGCCAUCAGGGAGAAGACGCUGGGCAAGGACCACCCGGCCGUGGCCGCCACCCUCAACAACCUGGCCGUCCUGUACGGCAAGAGGGGCAAGUACAAGGAGGCGGAGCCUCUCUGCAAGAGAGCGCUGGAGAUCAGAGAGAAGGUGUUGGGGAAGUACCACCCAGAUGUGGCCAAGCAGCUGAACAACUUGGCCCUGCUGUGCCAGAACCAGGGCAAGUACGACGAGGUGGAGUACUACUACAGGCGGGCGCUGGAGAUCUACGAGUCCAAGCUGGGGGCCGACGACCCCAACGUGGCCAAGACCAAAAACAACCUGGCCACGUGCUACCUGAAGCAGGGCAAGUUCAAGGAUGCAGAGUGUCUGUACAAGGAGAUCCUGACCAGAGCCCACGAGAAGGAGUUUGGAUCCGUCAACAAUGACAACAAGCCCAUCUGGAUGCACGCAGAGGAGAGAGAGGAGAGCAAGGGGAAGCGCAGGGACUCCGGGCCCUACGUGGAGUAUGGAAGCUGGUACAAGGCCUGCAAAGUGGACAGCCCCACCGUGAACACAACCCUGAAGAGCCUGGGCGCGUUGUACCGUCGUCAAGGGAAACUGGAGGCCGCAGAGACCCUGGAGGAGUGCGGCAGCAAGUCCCGUAAACAGGGGAUCGAUGCCAUCAACCAGAGCAAGGUGGUGGAGCUGCUGAAGGACGGGGGGGCAGGAGGAGGAGGAGGAGGAGACAGGCGACACAGCAGGGAAGGAAAUAACGGACCAGGGGGCCAGCGGGGGGACGGCGAGGGGGACGACUCGGCCGAGUGGAACGGGGACGGAAACGGGUCUCUGCGUCGGAGCGGCUCCUUCGGGAAGAUUCGCGACGCUCUGAGGAGGAGCAGCGAGAUGCUGGUGAAGAAGCUGCAGGGCAGCGGGCCGCAGGAGCCCCGCAACCCGGGAAUGAAGAGAGCGAGCUCCCUCAACUUCCUCAACAAGAGCACUGAGGAGACCACACAGGAAGCGAACUCCGGCCUGUCGGACUGCAGGGGACUGAGCGCCAGCAACGUGGACCUAUCCAGACGCAGCUCCCUGAUUGGCUAGUCGGAGGCGGGAGGCGCCCCCCCCCUCGAGGAGAGGCUGCUUGCGGCUGGGUUCGACCCGACCGACACACUCGUAGCUCCAAGCGAGAUCAAACACUUGCACCUGCAGCAUAUUUUUUUUGUUUUUUUAGAGAACAAGUCAUUCCUGCACUAAAGGUCACGCUGCGAGUCGCUGUACAAACCGCCGCCAUCCGUCACUACAGAGUUACGUGACUCCGCAUGCUGCUGCUCACUAGAACCCUGAGGCGGCCCAACGCACGGCGUAUAUUCCACCAGUAGCAUGACGCAGCGUCCGUCCUAAAGGAGCCAGGAGGCACCAACCGUUCAAACCUCACUUUCUGCCUUCUUGGGUUGUUCUUUGUAUGUAUAUACAGUUUUAAAUUAUUUGAAUCGUCUUUCUUUGUAUAUAGAGCCCUUUCUCUUCUUUUCUGUUUACACUGCUGGGUCAUAGACGUUGAAGUUGUAGAAAAUGCGAUGAGAAGGAGAGGAAGUGAAAGAAGGAAAGAUGAGAGGAGACAUAGAAAUGCACACGUAGUCAAUUGUGUAAAAAAAACAAAAAAACACAUGCUGAUACAUUUAGUACCUCAAUAUUUUAAAUGUGUCUUUUGGAAAAAGGACUCGUUCUAAUCUGUUCCACUGCACUUUGAUGACAAUGUGACCUUUAGGUCUCCACUGCGCCGCCUGCUGGUCAGAGUCAAAUCCAUUUAAAGGGGCCAUGCAGGUUGUUUAUGAUGUGAAUGUGUGACAUUUCUGUAUGAAACCCAAUGUCGUACCUUUCCUGUUUUUAGGCCUCAGCUCUCACGUGGAAAGUACUGGAAACUCGUCAUUUGAAUGUUUGGAGUCUGGAGACUUUUACACUGGAUCUUUUUUUCUGUUUUUGUUUUUCUUCUUGUGUUUGCAAACUCCACCAAAACGUGACCAGCACCAACAGAAUGUUCCUCGGUCUCAUUAGAAGAAUGAUCCUUUGUAAUGUAUGUAAACUGUGUCCCGCGUUGUAGAUUAAAAACAACUAUUUAAAGUUCUAGAAAACUCCCUUUUUCCUCCCUGCGAGUUCCUCUCCUCACAAAGGCCAACACUAAGCCUCCUGAACCCCCCCCCCCCGCUUAGUUCAAUAACUACGCGAACAUGAAUAAAACAAUGAUUUCAACAGCUGAGCAAAUGAAACAAAACCAAAGUUUAAACACACAAAUGCGAUUGUUUUUUCUCCGAUGCCCCUCUGAUAUUUGAGGAGAUCAGCGCAGUGACUCAGACCCCC